AUGCAGGAGAUGUCGUCGCGGAAGGCCAUCGUCUUCGUCGUCACCUUCGUCAGGUUUGUGCAAAAAAUAUUGGGUUUUUGUCAAAAUCGGUAGAAUUGAUAGAUUUGAAUGCGAUUUUUCUGUUUUCCGCUUCGAAUUCGAGAAAGUGCGAAAAAUGGGUUUAUUCUGAUGAAUUUUUAAUGAGAAACCUCAAAAAUCGCAGAAAAUUCUAAGUAUUUGACGGAUUUUAAGCCAGAUUUAAAACCUUGGGUUUUCAGUUACGGGUUGUACCACGCGAGUCGCAAGGCGUUGUCGGGCGUCAAAUCGUCGAUAAAAGCGGACUGGCUGAGCAACUCGUCGGGUCGCGAGCCCCUUUUCCCGAGCGAGGCCGACGCGAAGCACUUCCUCGGCUCCCUCGACGCCAUCUUCAUGGCCGCCUACGCAGCGGCGCUCUUCUUCUGGGGCUGGCUCGGCGACCGGCUCAAUCCGAAGUUCGUCGUCGCCGCCGGAAUGAUCGGAAGCGCCGUGACGGUGAGCAAAUGCAGAAUCUGUGAAGGAUUCAGCAUUUGACGAAUUUUUUAAAACCAAUACCAUUUUGCAGUUGACGCUGUUCGGAACGGUGCCGAAAUGGCUGAAUUUCUACUCGGUGCCCUACUACAUCAUCACGUACAUCGCGUUCGGACUCGUGCAGGCGUGCGGAUGGCCGUCCGAAAUCGCAAUAAUGGCCAAUUGGUUCGGAAAAGGCAAUCGGGGCUUCGUGAUGGGCGUGUGGGCGGCCUGCCAGCCCGUCGGCAACAUAUUCGGAUCCAUCUUCACGGCGCUCGUGCUUCCGCUCGGCUACGAGUACACUUUCCUGCUCAACUCGGUGCUCAUCGCCGCCGGCGCACUCGUCGUCGUCACCGCCAUUGACUCGUCGCCCGAAGACGAACACGCGGAGAACGUCGAGGCGAACAGGUAGGGACCGUUUUGACGGACUCCCGGACGUUUUGAAACACACAUUUCCAAAAAGAUAGUUUUGGUUUCGAGGUGUCUGGGAGUCUUUUUGCGGGGGUUUGAAAGUGAAAAAACAUGUGAACUCAUAAUUGUCCGUUCUCAGAAUUCGCCUUCGAUCUCGGUCUAACAGGUGGGAAACCCGGAAGUCAGUAUGUUGUCCCGUGGUCGUUGAAUGCCUUUUCGUAACAUUGGUUUGCCUAGAAUAACGGGAAAACAUUUUGCAAAUUAUGCUCGUAUUGAUCAACAAAAAGUACUGAAAUGCCGUCGCCCUUUUCCCGUUUUCACUAUCACACUCAACCCGAGUCCGAGGAGCAUGCGAAAUUGACACUUUUCCCUCAUAACUUCUUCGAUCCUCAUCGAAACCGAACAUUUGUGAAGAACGGUACAAGACAUGAGAAUUGAAUGAGAGCACGCCGAAUGAGAACUGUUUCAGUGAAGACGUGUGGUUUUGUAGAAUAAUGAGUACUCACUUGUAACAGUUUCCAGCCUUACGAGUUCUCAUUCCGUGUACCACUGUGAAUUUUGCAGCACGGAGGAGCACCACAACUUCCACGGCGAGCCGAUCUCGCUGUUCAAGGCGGUCCUCCUGCCGGGCGUGCUCGCCUACUGCAUCUGCAACGCCUGCCUCAAACUCGUCAACUACGCGUUCUUCUUCUGGCUUCCACUUUACCUCACAGACGCCUAUAACUGGGAGGAGUCACAGGCGGAUCAGCUGAGCAUUUGGUACGACUUUGGCGGAAUCAUCGGAAGUGUGCUCGGCGGAUACAUUACGGUAAGGCGACGAAACAGGGAAUACUCGUUCCGGAAAAAACCUCGUCUUUUCGACUUCGAGCCACUAUAUCCCCAGAUCAGAUAGUUUAGUUGUUUUGAUUUUUCGCAAAGUUCUGAUUUCUAAUUUUCUGUACGCUUGAAAAGCUCCUCGACUUUUCCUUCAACCCAAAUUUGAUCGAUUUCAACAAAACAUCAAUUUGCAGGACAAAAUGGGCAAGCGGUCGCCGCUGAUCGUGGCGAUGUUGCUCUGCUCGAUCGGCUGCCUCUACUUCUACGCGCACGUCGGUCCCUACAUGUUCUGGAAUGCGCUCGUGAUGACGACGGUCGGCGUGACGGUCUCCGGUCCGUACAACCUCAUCGUCGGCUCCAUCUCCAUCGAUUUGGGCUCUCAGCCGGCGCUCGCGGGCAACACGCAGGCCAUGUCGACCGUCUCGGGACUGCUCGACGGAACGGGAUCCGCCGGAUCGGCCGUCGGACAACUCCUCAUUCCGAUCAUUCAGGAGGACCUCGGCUGGAAGGCCGUCUUCUACGUUUUCAUGCUUUUGGUACGCAUCGAAAGAUCGUUGCUGAUGCGCACCAUCAAAAUCAGCAAUUUUUUAAAUAAAACAAAAAAUGUGCCUUUUUUCCAGAACUGUUUCGCGAUUCUGGCCAUCCUCAAACGGUGCAUCAUCGACCUGAAAUCGCUGCGAAAACUGCGAAGCGGCGAAGAAUCUCCGCUGCUGAACGACGAAGGAGAGCACGAGGACUAA